GAUUAAGUUUUGUGCUGAUUUUUCAAUGAAUGAUGUCAACGAAAAAUAUUUUUUGCAAAUUCAUCACUUGAUACCCUAAUAAUUGGUAAUGUAAUCAUAAUUAGGUUGCUCACACCGCAUUACAAGAAAGUACAUAAUUGAGAAAUUUAACAGAAAAUUUAAUAACAAAGUUUAUUAUCGAAUUUGGUUCACUCCUUUAAAUUGAGGUCAUGGUAAAGUGUAAUAUGACUUAUUAAUCUGAUUAUAAUAAUGUAGUUUUGCUGAUGUCGCAAAUUACAUCAUAUUCCGCCUUACUGCACUUGGGCUUGUUUUUUUUUAAUCAUUUCACAAUCAAAUAGAACUUGAUUCAUGUCAUGAAUCAUUUUCACUAAAAUAGGAACUGAUAUGAUUGAAAAUUCUCUAAAGGAAUACGUAUAGGGCAGCUUGUGAUUGCUUCGAGCGUAACCGAAAGCUCCGCCUCCACUUUGUUUCGUGUCCUCCCAGCUUUCAUCGUAACACCAACGCUGUUAAUUCUGCCUCAUUCUCGAUUCAGUUACGUUAGUUGCUGGUUGUCAGAGUGCCGUUGUAUUAAAUAGAUGAUUCGAGGCAUGAUUUUAUCACCAUCAUACUAUUAAUAUCAUCAUUAAUGCUUGACACCUGUAAUUGAUUAAACUUCUUUAAAAGUAUCCUUUGAUAAAUGAUUCAAGUGGUGAAGUGUUCAUAAUUAUUAAUUGAAAGAAUUCAAGUGACAUCAACACAUUUUAAACAAUCAAAUUUAAUAAUUAUAUGUGAAUCUAUUAGUGAAGAUCCUUUGAAAAUAAUUACUGGAUAAUUCAAGAAUUUCUGGAAGAUUUAUAUUGCAUUUGGUUGAGAUAACUUUACUUCUGAGAGGGAAUUCCAUGAUAAUGGCAGUGGGACAAUGAAAUGAAUUUAUUAUUAUUUAUAAAUAAUUAUUUUUCAAUCAUACUCAGAUCCAAAGGUCAUAUUGCGGGAGUUUUCUGCCAAGUUCAUGACCUUCAGACUGUUAUAAAAAUGUAAAGUCAUUGAGAGUAAAAUGAUAAUAAUAAUUUACUAUUAAAGUAUUGUUGUUGCAGAAAAGUUGCAUUAAAGAAAUUCAAAUAUUGCUUUAUUUGAUUGAAAAAAAAAAGUAUAGUUACAUUGAUUGUGUGAUUAAAAGUAUAUUUUUACUUCUUACGACAAAAUUAAAAAAUUCAAGUGCAAUAAAAAUGGUGAAACAAGUUAGUUGCGAAAUAAGAACCUGAGUGAAAUAAAUGUUUAUUAGUAUUGUAAAGUCACUGUGAAAGAAUUAAUAACAUUUAAGGAUAUGUAAUUGAAGUGAGUCAAAAAUUUUUAUGAGUUAUUCGGUUGUUGAACGGAACUUCAAAAUGGUUUCUCAUGUGCUCCCACCUUCUGGUGAUAUACAGCAGAAUAAUGGCAGUUUGGGUAGUCCAAGUCUCAGUAGUUUACAAGAUUCUCCACACUCAUUGAAAAUUAAGCAAGAACCGUAUCAGUUAUCACCAACAUCAACUCUUCCAGUAAUUCAUCAAGUAAGCAGUUUCGCAUCUGAGAUGUCUUCAACAUGUAUGACUUCUCCUCCUAAAGAUUUAGACAUCUCUGUCUCGAACUUUAAGAGUUUAGCAUCACACCCUUUAAUAAACUCUCAUCAUCAUGAUCUUCAUCAUGAUCAUCACAGUCCUCGAUCAGUCAUCUCAAUGCAUUCAACUUCCAUUCACUUGGGUAAUAUUCUAGAAGGUAAAGGAGCAAGCCCAGGAAUACUUCCUACUUCAACAGGCAGUAAUACAUCAACACCAAACACUUCCUGUGCUCCUAGUGGCAAUACAGAAGCUAGUACAACUGUUCCUGCAUCAAAUAGUAGUGAAGCUUCUUCCACAUCUGUCAAGCCACCUUACAGCUAUGUAGCUCUUAUAGCCAUGGCUAUUAAACAUAGUCCUAACAUGCGAGCUACUCUAAGUGAAAUUUAUUCUUACAUUACCACUAAGUUUCCUUAUUAUCGGAAUAAUAAAAAAGGAUGGCAAAAUUCUAUUAGGCAUAAUCUUUCACUUAAUGAGUGCUUCGUUAAAGUACCAAGAGAAGGUGGAGGAGAGAAAAAAGGCAAUUAUUGGGUUUUAGAUCCUCAGUAUAAUGACAUGUUUGAAAAUGGUAAUUUCAAACGACGAAAACGAAUGAAGAGACCCUACAGAGCAGCACCAUAUCAUAAAUCUGUAUUCAAUGAUGCAUUUCCUCCAAGCCAUAUUCAUCUAGGACCUACUAGGAAUAUUUUCAGUCAUUCUCCACCUUCCUAUGCUCCCUCUGCUUACACAAGAUACGAUACUAGUGGAUGGAGUCUCCAGCAACCUCAACUGCCCUAUAGCCACUGUCAAGCUCUUCAGCCUCAACUUCAACCUAUGCAAUCAAUGCAGAUUCCAACAAUGAAUGGAUAUGGACAAUUUAAUUCACUAGCCUUUCAAGGAAAUUACAUAGAUGUUUCAGGUAAUAGUUCUAACUCACCCUCAGCAAUGACUUCCAACUCUUUUGGAGCCAACUUUGCUGCUUGUGCCAGACGACACGAUAAUUCAGUAACCACAGAUGCUAUGUCUGGACGGUGUUCCUACUGGUCAGACAUGGUUAAUGUUAAAGAAGAACCAGGAAGUUCAGCGGUAUCAUCAGCUGGUCUAGGAACAAUUAGUGUUGGAAGUGGGAUGGUUGGGUCUUCGAUGCCUAGUAAUGUCACGUCAACAGGAUUUUCAAGUAUGGAAUUUCAAUCACGUCCAAAGUGUUACAUGUGAAGUUAAAUAUUGCAGUGAUCUGAGUAGUGUUUUUCCAUCAAAAUAAUAUCUUAAGGAUAUAUAAAGAAAUAAUAAAAGAAAAAAGUGUGGCUAUCCAUCGUCAACUAAGCCGUCGGCGUGCGUGAUUUGAUGACUAUUUCCGUUGAUUACACACGUAUUCUCAACAUUAAUUCUCUUGUGCAAAUGAAAUAUCAACGUCGUAGUUGAUUUGAUAUUUAACAGAAGACAUUUCAAUGAAAAACAUUUUCACUUAUACGUAAGUUGUAACAAGUAUCAAAGUGGAGUGAAAUAAUUCAAAAGAACAAUACGUGAGUAAUAAAAAUCAGUGAAUAAUUAGCAAAAUUAAUUAAUAAUUUAGAAAAUAAAUUAAUUGGCUAAUGAAGUUAAUGAUUGAUUGAAAGAUAAAUAAAUAAAUAAAUAAAUAUAUGUUGCUUCUGAUAAGAAAAAAAAGUAAUUGUGAUGUUAGUAAAGUUGCUGUAAAUCAUAUAACGUUACUUUUUAAUUUUUAUUUUUAAGAGUAUUAAUUAUUAUUAUAAAAUCAACUUAAUAACGUGAAUAAGAUUUUAACCAGAGUUAAAAGAUCGUGGGAAAGCGAGCAGAAUCAUGACAGAAAUAAUAAACCGAAAAUUUUAUCGAACCGAUCUUGAUGAUAGAAUUAUCUUGUAUUUCACACUUUACAUACAUAUCUUUCUAAUGUAAAAGCUAUCAAGUAGAAUAAACAUAUAUGUGCUACACACUGAUGAUUUAUUUGUUAUGAAUAUCAUAAUGUAUUUGAAUUAGAAACAAAUUAUUGAAUAAAAUUCACUUAUUUAUUGCUCGUA